AGAUCGAUAACCUUAACGAGCCCCACGAGUUCGACGGCGAGCGGCAGGAACUCGAGGUCAUCGUCGCUAUGGCCGAGGGCGUCCUGCCUGUUUCGAAACUGCAGGACAAGUUCGGCGGCGGCGACAAGGACAAGAUCACGUUCAAGAGGGGCGCCCGCGUGCACAUCACGGCGGGUCAUCGCUCAGGGCGCGCUGGCAGUGUCCUCGGUGCAGGCACUGCGAUCGUCCGUGUUUUUCUCGACGGCGCUGACGCGGGGCGACGUGGGGUGGCCCAUGACGCGCCACGCGACAACGUCGAGAGGGUGCCCGAAGAGCUGCGGCAGCCGAGACGGUAGCUCGCUGCGCCUUGGGACGCACGUGUGCCGUGCGGCCACCGUCAC